UGACUGCCAUGUGACCAUCUCAAGAGGCUCAUCCUAUUGAAUGUGGCGCAUGUACUUUAGCCGAAGAGGUGCAGGCUGCGGCUAAUGAUCCGAUACCGAUGACUACUCGGCGAAGAGAGGCCGUCCUCCGACCAAGCCAAGUCCGCCCCAACGCCACAACGAGUCACACCUCAAUCUUCAACACAUGCAAGCAUCUCCAUCUCCAUCCGCGCCCGGCUGGCGAGCUUAGACGGCUGCAGGCAUCUCGCGAGAGAGUCCUCUUUGUUCUUCAACCUCCGCGCCCCGAUAUCCCACCGCUCCCGGCUAAAGCCCUACCAAUCUUUACCAUGGAGCAGAACGCCAGGCUUGGUCACUGUCUUCUAACGUCUUGCCCCCCCCUGCCAUACUUCCAUAUCUCGCGCCCGGCCUUGACAAACCGUACUGCGGCUGUUGAGUGUCCCCUGCCGCAGAGCGGUCCUGCGUGUUCCAGCGCGGUGCAUAUGGCGCAAAUGUCUACACCGACAUAUCUGGAUUGUCGUGGCUCCGGCCAUGUGCCGUUUCCAUGAGGCCUGCUGCGAAUGUGUUCAGCGUCAUCCACUGCUGUCUUUUCUUGACUGCAUCUGUUUCCGAAUGAUGGC